GCAGGGCAGAGAGCAGCGAGUAGGAGAAAAAAAAAAAACAACAUAAUAAUCACCAAUUAUAAAGAUCUGCUUUGAUCCUGCGUAUGAUUCGGUUAAUUCCCACCAUUAGCAGCUGAUAUAAGAUGGAAAAUAAACGAUGAGGAGUGUUACAGGGCACAGCUAACGGACUGAAUCAUGGCUCAGUUUCCCACACCCUUUGGAGGGGGGCUCGACACGUGGGUUAUCUCUGUGGACGAGAGAGCCAAAUAUGAUCAACAGUUCCAUAGCCUGACCCCCACACCUGCUGGCUUCAUCACAGGUGACCAGGCCAAGAAUUUUUUCCUGCAGUCAGGUUUACCUGCCCCUGUUCUGGCCCAGAUAUGGGCUCUGGCCGAUAUGAACAACGAUGGCAAGAUGGAUAUGCACGAGUUCUCAAUCGCCAUGAAGCUAAUCAAGCUGAAGCUGCAGGGCCACCCGCUGCCCCCGACCUUGCCCCCUUCCAUGAAGCAGCCGCCUCUCUCUUUACCUCCUCCAGCUCCUUUUGGAAUGCCCACUAUGGGCCCCAUGACGGGUUUACCAGCAGUGCCACCCAUGCCUCUCCCACCUCUUCCUCCUGGGGUACCCGGGAUGGGCAUGUCACCCCCAUUAGUGUCGUCUGUGACUCCUCCUUUACCUCCUAUGGCCAACGGUGCCCCUUCUAUGAUGCAGCCCAUUUCAGGCUUUUCACACCCAGGCACAGCUGUAAACAAAAGCUCUUCUUUCAACCGCUCCAGUGCCAAACUUCAAAAAGGCCAGUCCUUUGAGAUACCCAGUGCUCCUGCGGCCCCUGUACCCAUCGAUUGGGCCGUGCCCCAGUCAUCACGUCUAAAGUAUCGCCAACUCUUCAACAGCCAUGACAAGAUGAUGAGCGGCCAUCUUACGGGACCACAGGCUAGAACCAUUCUCAUGCAGUCCAGUCUACCCCAGGCCCAGCUGGCUACUAUUUGGAACUUAUCAGACAUCGAUCAGGACGGAAAGCUCACAGCUGAAGAGUUUAUUUUGGCCAUGCACUUGAUUGACAUGGCCAUGUCUGGUCUGCCUCUCCCACCUCUGCUGCCACCUGAUUUUCUUCCCCCAACGUUCAGGUCUGCGUCACUACUUGAGAGGGUUCGUUCUGGAAGUGGUGUCGGUAUUACCAGCAUACACCCUACAGAUCAGAGAGUCCAGGAGGAGUCUGCAGACGAAGAAGAGAAAGAGCCGGAUAAAAAACUACCAGUCACCUUUGAGGACAAGAAGCGGGAGAACUUUGAGAGGGGCAACCUGGAGCUGGAAAAGCGACGACAGGCUCUGCUGGAACAGCAGCGUAAAGAGCAGGAGCGUCUGGCGGCUCUCGAGCGAGAAGAGCAGGAGCGGAAGGAGCGAGAACGGCAGGAACAGGAGCGGCGUCGACAACAGGAGCUCGAGAAGCAGCUCGAAAAGCAGCGAGAGCUGGAGAGACAGCGAGAAGAGGAGCGGCGCAAGGAGAUCGAGAGGAGAGAGGCCGCCAAGAGGGAACUGGAGCGUCAGCGGCAGCUGGAGUGGGAGAGGAACCGCAGACAGGAGCUACUGAUCCAGAGAAACCGGGAACAGGAGAACAUUGUCCUGCUCAAAGCACGGAAGAAAACCCUGGAGUUCGAACUGGAGGCUUUGAAUGAUAAGAAGUCUCAGCUGGAAGGAAAGCUGCAUGAUCUCCGUUUCCGUCUGUCCACGCAGAGGCAGGAGAUUGAGAGCACUAAUAAGACACGGGAGCUCCGUAUCGCUGAGAUCACCACACUGCAGCAGCAGCUACAGGAGUCACAGCAAUUGCUGGGAAGGCUGAUUCCUGAUAAACAAUGUCUGAAUGAUCAACUGAAGCAGGUGCAGCAAAACAGCCUACAUAGGGACUCGCUGUCCAAUCUGCAGAAGGCCGUGGAGACGAAGGAAGCGACCAGGCAGCAACUCCGUGAGCAGCUGGAAGCCGUGGAGAAAGAGACGCGCUCAAAACUGCUGGAGAUAGAUGCAUUCAACUCACAGCUGAAGGAGCUCAGGGAGAUUCACAACAAGCAGCAGCGGCUAAAGCAAAAAGAGUUUCAGCCUCCACUAGACACCAAACCUCCAGAGCUGCAGGAGAGCAGACUUUUGAGCUCUAAUGAAAGCGUAUCUCCUGCCUGGCGGGACUCCACAUUAGCGAAGGACCCUACACCGCCAGUGUCCGAGCCCUGGGUCAGCCACUUGGGAGAAGAAGAGAGCCAGAGCUCUAGAGGAGAUGUGCAAGACAAAUUUUCCAAGCUGUUCAUGCAGCAUUCAGAGCCAACCAAACAGCUAGGGCAAUUACCCUGGCCCACAGGAGAUAAGGUGCCCAUGUCUGGUUUUAACCAGGAGAAGGUAAGAGUGGUGUACUACAGAGCGCUUUACCCUUUUGAGGCUCGCAGUCAUGAUGAGAUCAGCAUUCAGCCUGGAGACAUAGUCAUGGUGGACGAAUCUCAGACGGGCGAACCUGGCUGGUUAGGAGGAGAGAUCAAAGGCAAGACCGGCUGGUUUCCUGCUAACUAUGCAGAGAAGAUUCCAGAAUCCGAAGUCCCUCUCAAUUUGAGAGCCAGCGCCUUCACCUCCAAGCUGAGCACACGCAUCACUCCCACCCCCACUUCUACCACGCCCACGGCCAUGCAGCCCAUCGCCACAGAGACAGUGGUGGCGGCUCCGCCCCCUACGGCUCCAGCCGCUCCAGCUAUUCCGGCUGCUCCAGCCGCUGCUUCUUCGUCUUCAUCUGCUUCUAGUAACUGGGCAGAUUUCAGCACAACUUGGCCGACAAACUCGGGGGUAGAGAAGCAGGACGCUGACGGUUGGGAGGCUUGGCCAACCCAACCAACGCAGCCCUCUCUGUCUGUGCCAACUGGAGGGCAAGGCAGACAACGGUCAGCCUUCACUCCUGCCACUCUUUCUGGCUCCUCCCCCUCACCUGUGCUUGGACAGGGGGAGAAGGUGGAGGGGAUGCAGGCUCAGGCUCUGUAUCCGUGGCGGGCAAAGAAGGAUAAUCACCUGAACUUCAACAAGAGUGACGUGAUCACCGUUCUGGAGCAGCAGGAUAUGUGGUGGUUUGGUGAAGUGCAGGGCCAGAGAGGCUGGUUCCCCAAAUCUUACGUCAAACUCAUUUCCGGACCCGUGCGCAAGUCCUUGAGUAUUGAGUCAGGAUCCUCUGAUAGUCCACCCACCAUGAAGAGGCCCAGUCCCACUCCAAAUAAACCCAUGGAGCUUGGUGAAGAGUACAUAGCAAUGUACACAUAUGAAAGCAGCGAGCAGGGCGAUCUGACCUUCCAGCAGGGUGAUGUCAUCACAGUGCUGAAGAAAGAGGGGGAUUGGUGGACGGGAACAGUAGGAGGCAAGACGGGAGUUUUCCCCUCCAAUUACGUCAAGCCCAAGGACUCUGAGGGCCUGGGGCCUGCUGGGAAAUCCGGAAGUUUGGGAAAGAAACCAGAGAUUGCUCAGGUGAUUGCCCCCUAUACUGCCACUGGGUUAGAGCAGCUGACUCUAGCCCCUGGCCAGCUCAUCCUCAUCCGCAAGAAGAACCCCGGGGGCUGGUGGGAGGGAGAACUACAGGCCAGAGGAAAGAAGCGUCAGAUUGGCUGGUUCCCAGCGAAUUAUGUGAAACUCUUAAGCCCAAGCACCAGUAAAACCACACCCACUGAGCCAACUCCACCCAAACUGCCUACACCCAAUGCAGUGUGCCAGGUGAUCGGUAUGUACGACUACACGGCUCAGAACGAUGACGAGUUACCCUUCGGGAAGGGACAGAUCAUCAACGUGCUGAGCAGGGAGGAUCCUGAUUGGUGGAAAGGCGAGCUGAACGGUUCCGUAGGCCUUUUCCCCUCUAACUACGUCAAACUGACCACCGACACAGACCCCAGCCAGCAAUGGUGUGCUGACCUCCACCUGCUGGAUAUGUUGACCCCAAUGGAGAGGAAAAGGCAAGGCUACAUCCACGAGCUCAUCGUCACAGAGGAGAACUAUGUCAACGACCUGCAGCUGGUCACUGAGACCUUCCAGAAGCCUCUGCUGGAGUCGGAGUUGCUGACUGAGAAGGAGGUGGCCAUGAUCUUUGUCAACUGGAAAGAGCUCAUCAUGUGCAACAUCAAAUUGCUCAAGGCAUUGCGGGUAAGAAAGAAGAUGUCGGGCGAGCGCAUGCCUGUGAAGAUGAUCGGUGACAUACUGACAGCACAGCUGCCUCACAUGCAGCCCUACAUUCGCUUCUGCAGCUGUCAGCUCAACGGUGCUACCCUCAUCCAGCAGAAGACGGACGAGGUACCCGACUUCAAGGACUUUGUCAAGAGGUUGGCAAUGGAUCCUCGCUGUAAAGGAAUGCCUUUGUCUAGUUUCCUGCUCAAACCCAUGCAGAGAGUCACCCGCUACCCUCUUAUCAUCAAAAAUAUUCUGGAAAACACUCCGGAAAGCCACCCAGACCACAGCCACUUGCGGCAGGCUCUGGAGAAGGCCGAGGAGCUCUGCUCGCAGGUGAACGAGGGUGUGCGUGAGAAGGAGAACUCGGACCGCUUAGAGUGGAUACAAACGCAUGUGCAGUGUGAGGGGCUGUCUGAGCAACUUGUAUUCAACUCGGUGACCAACUGCUUGGGCCCUCGCAAGUUCCUGCACAGUGGGAAGCUCUACAAGGCCAAGAGCAACAAGGAGCUCUUUGGCUUCCUGUUCAAUGACUUCCUGCUCUUGACGCAGGUCACCAGGCCGCUGGGCUCCUCGACUUCCGAAAAAGUGUUCAGCGCCAAGUCUCACUUGCAGUAUCGCAUGUAUAAAACGCCCAUCUUCCUGAACGAGGUUCUGGUGAAGCUCCCGACUGAUCCGUCUGGAGACGAGCCCAUCUUUCAUAUAUCACACAUAGACAGGGUGUACACCAUACGGGCAGAGAGCAUCAAUGAGAGGACCGCAUGGGUGCAGAAGAUCAAGGCUGCCUCAGAGCUCUUUAUUGAGACAGAAAAGAAGAAAAGAGAAAAGGCUUAUCUGGUGCGAUCUCAGAGAGCUACAGGCAUCGGGAGGCUGAUGGUCAACAUCGUGGAAGGAAUUGAGUUAAAACCUUGCCGCUCUCAUGGUAAGAGUAAUCCAUAUUGUGAGGUGACAAUGGGAUCACAGUGCCACAUCACUAAGACAAUGCAGGACACACUGAACCCCAAAUGGAACUCAAACUGCCAGUUUUUCAUCAAAGACCUGGAACAAGACGUGUUGUGUGUAACUGUGUUCGAGAGGGACCAAUUCUCACCUGAUGAUUUCCUGGGCAGGACAGAGAUUCGACUGGCGGACAUUAAAAAAGAUCAGGGCUCCAAAGGUCCGAUCACUAAGAGGCUUCUCUUACACGAGGUCCCCACAGGAGAGAUAGUGGUCAGACUUGACCUGCAGCUAUUUGACGAACCCUGAUCCUUGUAAACUUUGACCUUCUCCACUCUAGAUUCCAUACUUUCUCCUGUACUGUGUUUCCAGCUUAACGUGACAAUCCCACACCACUCUAAAACACGCCCCUGUGUGUGUCUGUGUGUGUGUGAGAGAGAGAGGAAAUACAAGGUGAUGGAUGUCAUGAGUGAGCUGUAACAAUCUUAAGCAAUCUUUUACUUUCUUUAUUUUAUUUUUUAUUUCACUUGAACACAUUGCGGUUAAUUGAUAUCUAGAGUAUUAAUGGGAUACUCCAGUGUUUCUCAAUGCAAGCAGAGUGUGUAAAUCUUCCACAGAGAAUUUCUCUGUAGUGAUAAAAAGAAGAAAACUCUGUUUACUUUAAUUGGAAGUGUAAGGGCAGUUGUUGAAGGUGUCAAAUGUGUGACUAUAUAUAUGACGUAUUCACUUUGGGGCCUAAUUAAGGUUUUCAGAUAAAACGGACAUGAGAGAAAAUCAUUACAGAAGCUAUUUGAAUUUUUUUUGUAGUUCACAAAUACAAUACUUGGAAUGAACAGAUAAAACUUGACAGCUCAGAGUUACUGAACACCUUUGGGAUGAACCGAAGCUCAGACGGCAGCCCAGACCUUGACAUCGGUGCCAAAACUCACCGAUGCUCCCGUAGCUGAGUGAUCGCAAAUCCCCAAUCUAGUGGGGAAAUCUUUCAUUGGUUGAGUUUCAACAUAGCGUUAAUCUUAAGCAAAUAACAAACCCAUUACAAACCAGCUGCCCUUAGACUCCCAUUAUGAAUGAGAUUCAUUUAUUUUUUUUUUUCCACUACAGUGAAACGUCAAAACUGUGGUAAUGAUAUAUGGACUACAGAUUUGAUAGAUAGAUAGAUAUUAUGUUGUAAAAUGCUGGAUUAUUCCUUUAACCAUCACAGAAGUUCAAAUAUGGUAUAGAAAAAUAAUAAUAAAUUUGUCUAAAUGAUUGAUUUGCUGUCCAAAGCGACUUUGGGUUUAUGACAUGGGCUGAUUGUGCUAAACUGUACAAGCUUAAAAAAUAUCGAUUAAAAUACUGUAUAGUAAUUUACUUUAAAGUUGGCAUUGAAAGUUCAGUUCUAGGACUUAAAGGUUUCCUUUAGAAGCAAUCGUGUCCUCAAAAUGAUUCAGUUUUCAAUGAUGACUUGGGUUCUAGACUGAUAGAGGUAUGUUCUAGAAUGAAUCUCAAAUCACUGAGAUGGUUCAAAACGGAACAAUGUGCCACGUCAAAAAAGCCACAAAAAGACAUAGUGUAUAGUUUUGUUUUUUGUUUGUUUUUUGUUUUGCUUUUUGUUUGUUUAUCUGUAGUUUUGCUGUCUUGGGAUGUUUGUCAGCGGGAAAAAAACUGAACACUCCAGUCUUAUUUUGCAAUGAUAUGUUGUGCUGUUUUAUUUAUCCUUUCGAAUUUGUACUCCAAAAGGUGGCACAUAAUCAGCAGGCUGGUUUUGAGAUGAUGUCAUUAAGAUCGCAAUCAUGAUGUGAUGUAAUGUUUAAACAUCGAUAACCGGCUCUAGGUGUAGAUUUUAUUGGUUUAUAUUUUUUAGGCGGGUCCUUUUUUGUUCUUCUGGUGGUUAGUGACCUACAGAGUGCUAGGUGUGACGGUGAAAUGUGUGACAUGGGCGGUGAACAUUUGGUUAACAAAGUGACCAAGACUGAAGUUAAUUCCUAACAAUGUGUAAGAUGUUUUUUUUAUCUAUUGUAGAAACACUGCUGGAUUUUAAUGCUUUUAUUGCUAACACAGCAUUAUUUACUAUCUUGUUCCCUCUCUAAUAGUGUCAAAUACUUCUGAAAUGCUGUACAUUCAGAGCCAGUGAUUUUCUAUUUAUUUUUAUUUUAAUUUUUUUUUUUAAUUUUCAUGGGUUUUUGGCUACAUAAAGUAAGCUAUUUAACACUGAGUAAUAUUUAUUAUAAAUAAUGAAUUGUAUUACUAAUGUGUUUUUUUUUUUUUUUUUUUUUUAAAUAUUAUUUUUAACCAGUCAUUCCGGUAGCGGUAGAGGUUAACACUGUAAUUGGAUUAUAUUUGUAAAGAUGAGAAAUACAAGGGUGUGUUUCAUAGCUUACAUGUUUCUGCUUUCUUUUCUUUCUUUUUUCCCUUUUUAUGGGCUGUAAAUGGACUAUAGUGGUACGAAGCAGCAGAAUGCAGGCAGCUGUAUUACAUAGAAGUGAUGUGUAUAAAUGGUGUAUUUUCAAGAGUUCAGGACAGAUUUUCUCCCACAUUGUGUUUCAUAAAAAGAAAAAAGAAAGAAAGAGAAAAAGCUUUAGUUCUUCUGAAUAUAUUUCUACAUUCAUUAUUAUUAUUAUUAUUAUUAUUAUUAUUAUUAUUAUUAUUAUUAUUAUUAAUGGGAUUUGAAAGUAAAUAGUGAAUAGAUGGGUGGAUCAGGUGAGAAUGGUAGCAUUACUAAGCUGAGAAGAUUUUGUGUGUGUGUGUGUUUUGUUAAGAGGAAAUUGAAGGGUUACCUCUUACCUCUUUCUCUCCUUGCAUCUGUCUGUCUCAUCCAUCUCUCUCUCUCCCUCUCUCUCUCCCCCUCUCUCUCCCCCUCCAGCUCUCUCUGUAUAUUAUGAACCUGUAGGCUCUUUCCCUGUAUUUUUUACCAAGUCCCAAUGAGUUGACAGUACAGUAUGUGUUUGUGUUUAAAUCUUUGAAAGGAGUAUAAUAUAUUACAACUUGAAGAAUAAUUAUGUUGAUGACAGCAUAUUGUUAUCAAUGUAGAAGCAGUGUAUUGUCUUAAACGUUGCAAUUAAAGCUCAGUUGGACCAAGAAAUAA